AUGCCUUCGGAGUUAGGGAAUGCUACACUAGCUGCUUUCUCAACGGCCGUUGCUACGUGGUACGGCAGUCCCACCGGAGCAGGAAGUGGCGGAGCUUGUGGUUUUGAAAAUGAUGUGAUAAAUGCUCCUUACUAUGGCAUGAUUUCUGCUGGAAACCAAAAAAUAUUUAGAUCUGGAGCUGGUUGUGGGACUUGUUACUCGAUAAAAUGCAGUGAAAAUCCAUCUUGCUCAGGAGCUCCAAUAAGUGUAACAAUCACAGACGAGUGCCCUGGCGCCUGUAAUAAUGAGCCUUUUCACUUUGAUUUAAGUGGAAAAGCCUUUGGCUCUUUAGCAAAACGUGGGCAAGCUGAUGCUUUAAGGAAAGCCGGAAGGAUCAACGUUCAAUACACAAGGAUAAGAUGCCGAUACAAGUCAAACAUAGCAUUUAAGAUCGACAAGGGGUCGAACCCCUUCUAUCUAUCUUUCGCGGUGGAGGAUGUCAACGGUGACGGAGAGCUCGCCGGAGUGGCGAUAUUGCCCCAAGGCUGGAAAUCGUGGGCUCCGAUGCAACGUGUUUUUGGGGAGACUUGGAAAUUCGACGUGCCGAGCGCCGCCGCCGGUCCCUAUUCGGUUAGGUUGACCGAUAGCACCCGGACAUCGGUCGUGGCUCGAAAUGUGAUUCCGGUGAAUUGGGCGCCUCAGAAAACAUAUUACUCAAUUGUUAAUUUUGCUUGA